AUGAGACGAGAUCGUGAAACUCCUGCUCAAUUAUCCACCUUGGAAAAAAUUCAGACGCCUACUUCAAUAGCUGGAGGAAGAUUGCACCUUACAAGAGUCUUUGGUCAAAGUCUGUGUGAGCAGUACACUACAGGUCUUGUCAAACGUAAGUCUGCUAAGGAAAGAGAGAAGUUCUCUGAAGUAUUUAAAGAGAAUGAGUGUGUGGCGAAAUUAACUAAGGUGAAAGCAGCGAAGAAGGAGACCAAGGAGAAGGCGACCGACCCAAAAGGCAAGGGCAAGCAGCAAGAGAUAACGCCAACUCACAGUUCGACAAAGAGGAGCAAGCAGACCUAG